CGCUGUGGAAUCAGAGCACUCAUCAAGGACGGAGAAUAUACCAGGCGCCCUUUCGCUCCCUGUUGCAGGACCACCGAGUUGGUCUGGUGCAACGCAUCGAGCAUUUUCUCCGCGGUUCACAGAGCGUGUGGGUUCCCAACGACGUCCGACUCCGGAAGACAGUAUCCGUUCUCAAAGCGCUGUGGACGCUUGCUACCAUUCCCUCUGGCCCUCGAGCAUCUCCAGACUCAACGCCUCUGGUGUUCCAUCCCCUCGAGAACAUCAAAUGGGACAUACUGGAUCUUUCGCUCCAGAGCGAUAUA